UUUCAUGGUGAUGAUAUGGCAUCUGCCAGCUCCACCCGGCCAGGAGUGGCCCUCCCUUUUGAGAAGUCUCAGCUUACCCUGAAAGUGGUGUCAGCGAAGCCCAAGGUGCACAGCCGGCAGCCCCGCAUCAACUCCUACGUGGAGGUGGCGGUGGACGGGCUGCCGAGCGAGACCAAGAAGACGGGCAAGCGCAUCGGGAGCUCGGAGCUGCUGUGGAACGAGAUCAUCAUCUUGAACGUCACGGCGCAGAGUCACUUGGACCUGAAGGUCUGGAGCUGCCACACGCUGAGGAACGAGCUGCUGGGCACGGCCUCCGUCAGCCUCUCCAGCGUCCUGAAGAACAAUGGGGGCAAAAUGGAGAACACGCAGCUGACCCUGAACCUGCAGACAGAGAACAAAGGCAGUGUUGUGUCAGGCGGAGAGCUGACGAUUUUCCUGGACGGGCCUGCUGUUGACGUGGGAAGCGUGCCUAAUGGCAGUGCCAUGACAGACGGAUCACAGCUGCCUUCCAGAGAGUCCAGCGGGUCAAGUGUAGCUUCCGAGAACAGGCACCCGCCCACCAGCACAAACUGCUUUGGUGGGAGAUCCCGAACUCACAGACAUUCGGGUGGUUCAGCCAGGACAGCUGCAGCAACCGUGGAGCAGAGCCCUGGUACGAGGAACCGGCACCGCCAGCCCAUCAAGAACCCCAGCCACAGCGGCCUGGCCAAUGGCGCAGUGAAUGAUGAAUCCACUGCAGCCACUGACCCUGAAGAAGCUUCCAUUGUUGGUGUGACGUCCCCACCUGCCUCAGCCUUGAGCGUGACCCCCAACCCCAACACGACCUCUCUCCCUGCUCCGGCCACCCCGGCUGAAGGAGAGGAGCCCAGCACUUCGAGCACACAGCAGCUCCCCACGGCUGCCCAGGCCCCCGAUGCUCUGCCUGCCGGGUGGGAGCAGCGGGAGCUGCCCAAUGGACGAGUCUACUAUGUGGACCACAAUACCAAGACCACCACCUGGGAGCGGCCUCUCCCUCCAGGCUGGGAAAAGCGCACAGACCCCCGAGGGAGGUUUUACUACGUGGACCACAACACGCGGACCACCACCUGGCAGCGCCCCACCGCCGAGUACGUGCGGAACUACGAGCAGUGGCAGUCGCAGCGCAGUCAGCUGCAGGGAGCCAUGCAGCACUUCAGCCAAAGAUUCCUCUACCAGUCUUCGAGCACCGCGACUGACCAUGACCCCCUGGGCCCCCUCCCCCCCGGCUGGGAGAAGAGACAGGACAAUGGACGGGUGUAUUACGUGAACCAUAACACACGCACUACCCAGUGGGAGGACCCUCGGACGCAGGGGAUGAUCCAGGAACCAGCUCUGCCCCCCGGAUGGGAGAUGAAGUACACCAGCGAGGGGGUGCGGUACUUUGUGGACCACAAUACCCGCACUACCACCUUUAAAGACCCUCGCCCGGGGUUUGAGUCCGGGACAAAGCAAGGCUCCCCUGGUGCCUAUGACCGGAGCUUUCGGUGGAAGUAUCACCAGUUCCGGUUCCUGUGCCAUUCAAAUGCCCUGCCCAGCCACGUGAAGAUCAGCGUUUCCAGGCAGACGCUCUUUGAGGAUUCUUUCCAGCAGAUCAUGAACAUGAAGCCCUACGACCUGCGCCGCCGGCUCUACAUCAUCAUGCGUGGUGAGGAGGGCCUGGACUAUGGAGGGAUCGCCAGAGAGUGGUUCUUCCUCCUGUCCCACGAGGUGCUCAACCCCAUGUACUGCUUGUUUGAGUACGCCGGGAAGAACAACUACUGCCUGCAGAUCAACCCCGCCUCCUCCAUCAACCCCGACCACCUCACCUACUUCCGCUUCAUUGGCAGGUUCAUCGCCAUGGCUCUGUACCACGGGAAGUUCAUCGACACGGGCUUCACCCUCCCUUUCUACAAGCGGAUGCUCAACAAGAGACCCACACUGAAAGACCUGGAAUCCAUCGACCCUGAGUUCUACAACUCCAUCCUCUGGAUCAAAGAGAACAACCUAGAAGAGUGUGGCCUGGAGCUGUUCUUCAUCCAGGACAUGGAGAUCCUGGGCAAGGUGACGACCCACGAGCUGAAGGAGGGCGGCGAGAGCAUCCGUGUCACAGAGGAGAACAAGGAAGAGUACAUCAUGCUGCUGACUGAUUGGCGCUUCACCCGUGGCGUGGAAGAGCAGACCAAAGCCUUCCUGGAUGGCUUCAAUGAGGUGGCCCCGCUGGAGUGGCUGCGCUACUUUGAUGAGAAAGAGCUAGAGCUCAUGCUGUGCGGCAUGCAGGAGAUCGACAUGAGUGACUGGCAGAAGAACACUAUCUACCGGCACUACACCAAGAACAGCAAACAGAUCCAGUGGUUCUGGCAGGUGGUGAAGGAGAUGGACAAUGAGAAGAGGAUCCGGCUGCUGCAGUUCGUUACCGGCACCUGCCGCCUGCCUGUCGGGGGAUUUGCCGAGCUCAUCGGGAGCAACGGACCACAGAAGUUCUGCAUUGAUAAGGUUGGCAAGGAAACCUGGCUGCCCCGAAGCCACACCUGCUUCAACCGUCUGGAUCUCCCACCCUAUAAGAGCUACGAACAGCUGAAAGAGAAGCUGCUGUAUGCUAUCGAGGAGACGGAGGGCUUUGGACAGGAGUAACUGAGGCCGCCCCUCCCGAGCCCCCCAGCGCACAUGUAGUCCCGAGUCCUCCCUGUCUGAGCGCGCACUGGCCGCAAGGCCCUCAGGAGGUCCCUACGGAUGGUGCCCCUGCCUGGGACCACAGCGUCGUCCCCUGGUGGCAGAAGAAGUUCCCUCCUACCUGCAGGUGGCCGUCUGGAAUAAAGCCCCGAGUCACCUUGGCCCCAUCACCCUUGCAAAGUCCAAGGGUGACCCUCUCUCUGCAAAACUCUCCCCUCCCCUUGGACCAACCCGGGUGCGCGUGAGUGUGCGAGGGAAGGUGCCUGUCCCAAAGCGUGCAGCAGCAGCCCGGGCCUCACGUCCUAGCGAGAGGAGGAAAGCAGUCACUUGUGGUGGCUGCUGUGGACUGAGAGAGCCCGGAGGUCUGUGUGAGACACGGCUCUGAGGAGGCUGGGUGGCAGGGACCCGGGCCCCAGCUUGUCCCUUCUCCGCAGACAAAGGGUUGGACAAGCCACUUGCCUGGGGGUCAGUGGGCAGGAAACAGUAAACUCCCUCAGAGUUGUCCUUUUACAUAAACUUGAAGCCUUCUGUGUAGGGUUGCUUUUUGUUUGCUUUUGGUGUGCUGCUGCCACUUUCUAUGGAGGAGGUGGAGCCCCAGGGGUCCCAGGGCCAUGGGAGACCCGGCCUUGUUGGCGCAAGAGUUUCCCAAACAGCUGCCUCUCUCAGGAACCCGCUCAGCAGUCUCGCGCUCAGGCAGGCCUGACCCAGCCGCUCAGUUGCCCAGUGGCCAAGUCCCUGAGCUUGACGCAGAGGAAGGGCUUGGUGUCCUGAGCGCCACUCCCAGCCUGCGCCUUCCUAGGGAAGAGUUCCUUUGCUAGAUAGCGCCCCUGGGGGCCGCUGGGAGCAGCAGCGGAGUCUGACUGCUCCUCCCUGGCAGCCCUAGAGAUCCAGGUGGCCAUUAGUCCCCUCCGUAGAAUGGCACAUAUCCUGGCCAGCUGAGCGUGCUCGCUUUGCAUAGAUGCCAGGCUUUCUCUGCACCCAGGGCCUGAUGCCACUGAAAACCAGUGCCGAGCUGCUGCACCGGCCUGGCUUGGUUUGUGGAUCUCCCGCCAGCCUCCGCCUUGGGCUUUCUGCCGUGGACUGAGGUCUUCCAGGCGUGCAGGCUCCUCCGGAUGUUGGGGUAAUGGUGGUGGCACACUCCGUAGUCCAGAGCCCCAGCUGCAGACCAGCUUCUGGGGACCCCAGGCUGGCUCUCAGAUCCGUCCAGGAGCCUUCAAGGACGGUCUCGCCUUCCCACGUCUCAUUCCUCCCGGGUCCGUGGAGGGAGAGCCGUGUCCACCCACGUUGCAUGUGCUGACAUGCGUGGCCCUGCUCACUGUGGCUUGGCCUUUUCCCCCCUCACAGUCACUUCUGGUACUGCCCAGGACCUGUCCCCACGAAGCCUACUCCAGCAGGUGGGCAGGGGCACAGGCUGCCAGCGAGGCGCAGGAGCAUGAGGCUCACGGGUGUUCUCGUGUGUUUGUGUGUGCGUGUGCAUACGUGUGUGUACAGCUGAAGUGUCGGUGUGGAACGGCCUGGGAUAGCACUGGGCUGGUCCCCGGAUUGUUCUGUAACGCCCGCCCCUGCAUCGGGAGUGCCAGGUUCUUGUGCAAUAAACAGUCGCAGCCGUG